CAAUCUCAAUGUCGCAUUUAAGAACUUUGUUUCCUGUUCUCUAUUUCAGUUUGGUGGCAUCAUAACUAACCAGCAGUCAAUGUUUUGUCGGUUGAGGUGUCUACAGAUGUCUUUAUAUUAAAUACAAUUUUAAAUCUCUGAGCUCACUUGACUACUCCGUUGAUUUUGCCCAAAAUCAACUCUCUUUUUCUCUCCAUUGGUGGAUCUUUCAUAGUCAUUUUCAUGUACAUAGUAAUAUUAAUAUUAAUAUUUAUUUAUUUAUAUAUGUGGUUUCAUUGCAUGACACCGUUGUCUCAUUUCUAUGCUUUGCUUCUUCCUUUCAUUUAAUUCUCAAACUAACUCACCCCAUUUGGAAACUCACUCUUAUUUCAAUGUUUUUCUUCUUGAUUUCUUGUUUUUCUUUUAUAAUCCUAUCAAAGUCCUUCUCUUUCAAGCCAUAUCCUCCAAUGAUCACUGACUGGAGAUUGUUGUCAUCUUGGUUUUGGAAGGGAUUGUCAAGCUUUUUAGUGUCAUGGUUCCAAAAGGGUAGGCUUGCAAUUAGUUUUCAUCAAGUUCCAAAAAUCAUGCCAUUAAAAAAGAUGAAUCUUGGUCCUUCGAAACCAGAAACUGUUCCAGAAGAGAAACUUUCUCUCUUGGAUUUGCCCGAGUUAACUUUGGAAUGCAUUCUAGAGAAGCUUUCACCAACUGGGUUGUGUAGUAUGGCUGGAGUUUGUAGUUCUUUGAGAGAUAGAUGUACAAGUGAUCAUUUGUGGGAGAAACACAUGAAGCAGAAAUGGGGGAAUUUGAUUGGUGAUGCUGCUUAUAGAGAAUGGCAAUGGCACAUAGUUUCUAACAAGAGAGCAAGCCUCAAGAACCAAACCAAGCAAAAUGGAUUUUUCACUUCUCUUUAUAGCCUUUUGCCCUUUUCUUGGAUUAGACCGAAGAUUGAGAACAAUAUUGAGCCAAGAAGUUCUUUGCCUGUUGAUUCAAUUAUGGCUUGUUAUGUCUCUCUUGAGAGUGGCAAAUUCUGGUUCCCUGCACAGGUCUAUAAUCGCGAGAAUGGACAUGCUGGGUUUAUGCUAUCAUGUUAUGAUGCUCAGCUUAGCUAUGAUUCCCGAACGAACACGUUUCGAGCAAGGUAUUCGAACCUUGGGCGGCGGACAGUCGAGGAAAAUAUAUCAUGGGAUAGGCUAAGAGCUCCACCAACUGAUACUCCUUCAAAUGUUCUUCACAUCUCAGAUUGUUUAGAUGACUUGAAACCUGGUGAUCAUAUUGAGAUCCAGUGGAGAAGAAACAAAGAAUUCCCCUUUGGUUGGUGGUAUGGUGUUGUUGGUCACUUGGAAUCAUGUGAAAGAAAUGGGAAUCACUGCCAUUGUCACUAUAGUGAUAUGAUGGUUUUGGAGUUCAACCAAUAUCCUGCUGGCUCGCAAUGGAGACAAACAAUGAUAAACAGGAAAGAGCAUCGCGAAGUAGGCAAUGAAGCUGAUGGGUUUUAUGGAGGAAUCAGAAAGCUUUACAAGGAGGAAGAGAUAGCAAUGUGGAAGAGCCUCUGGCCUGCCCGUGCCUUGGACUAGAAUAUGAUGAAAAUGUUAUUUAGCCCGUACAUAAGCCCUCUCUUCUUCUUUUCCUUUUGAACUGAGAAUUGGAAGGGAUUAAUCAUAGAAGAUGUAGAGUAGAUUAAACUUGAUUAAUUUUGCUCUUCACAGAGGAGAGAGCCUCAAAAGGUUUUUACCAAGAUAUGUAAUCUUCGUCGAUACUCAUUGAAAAUGAAUAGCAACCUAGCUAGCUAAUUUUUCUGUUGCAAAUUCAA